AUGAGAAAGACUAUAGGGAAUUUUAGGGCCCCCACGGGCCUCCGGGUCUGUACGCCCUCCCAUUGGCCCCUGGGGGCCCCCGGGGGCCUUUCAAGCACUCCAAAACAGGCCCCUUUGCUGCACUUGCUGCUGCUGCUGCUGCUGCUGGAACUUGGGAAGAAGCAGAGAGGCAGCAGCAAAGAGGCGGAGAGACUGACUCGCUUAAGGCCGGAGAAGAGCUCGUUGUGCUGCUGCUGCACCGCCUGGGCCAGAGAGGUGCUGGUAGGCAGCAAAUUGGGGCUGCGGAGAAGCAGCAGCAAACAAGCAGCAGCAAUUAAGCAGCAGCAAACGAGCAGCAGCAAACAGAAGGAACUUUGA